UUCAAUCCUGUGCUCGACAUUGGCAACCCGGCUACCGAUUCCAUCCCCGUUGGCGUGAGAGUCAGUGACGCAGACUUCGAUGCUGCGGCACGUAGGAAUGCCGGAUAUCAGCCGAUCCUCGUCUCUUCUCUCGCACCUGCAGUUCUGCUAUACGUGACCACGAUGUGCAUCGCAAUUUACCCCAUCGCCAUGAGAUCGCUGGUGAUAUACGAAGAGCUCCGGGCGGACGACGAAAUAGACAUCGUCCACUGGAACCGUCCCUCGGAGUCUCGCGUCCCGAUCUGGAGAACGUACUACCUCAUGCGCCACGUGCAGAGGCAGCUAUCUUCUGAUGCGUGGUGGCUGGCCAUUUCGCUACUGUUGCCCUGCAUCAUCGAGCGUGAAAACCUGACGGACCCCAGCAAGAUCUCUUAUCUUCGAGGUCGUAUCUUGAUAUCCCACUGUCGGUCUAUCGUUAGGAAUACCUGGGGUGAGCGCGGGCUGACCAUGCUGACAUAUGCUCCCCUACAGAUCAGCUAUUCGCUCUCUGGCGAGAUGCAUACGCUCUCUAAGCUCGUCAGUUGCGUAAUCAUGCUC